AAAAAUGGAUUCAUUAAUUAUUUAAGGUGUCGAUGUGUUCCCACGGUAUAUCGAUGAGUGUUAUGGUCUAAUCAUCUUCGAUUUCGAUUAUAUAGCUAAUUCCAUUCCUUUCUCAUAGCCCAAUUUUGUCCACACUCGGCUCUAUUGAAUCUUGAGUUUCUGUUUCAAUUGUUUGGUGGAGAGAAUCGAAUUAGAUUGAGAAAUGGGGAGGGUUUUUGUGCUGAAUCUUGAAGGGGAGGUAUACAGCUGCAAGUACUGUGGGACCCACCUCGCUGUCAGUGAGGACAUCGUCUCCAAGUCUUUCCAAUCCAGGCAUGGGAAGGCUUACCUCUUCAACAAGGUAUCAAACGUGACUCUUGGGGAGAAAGAAGAGAGGCUGAUGAUAACUGGAGCUCACACCGUGGCUGAUCUAUACUGCGUCCAGUGUGGUUCGAUCGUUGGGUGGAAAUAUGAAAUGGCGCAUGAGAAGAGUCAAAAGUACAAGGAGGGCAAAUCUGUUCUGGAGCGGUUCAAGAUGUCUGGUCCAGAUGGCAGCAAUUAUUGGGGGAACCACGAGGAACAUGCCGUUGGGGGCAGUGACACGGACGACGUCUGAUUCGAAUCUUGAUUCAAAUCUAUGGCUCACAAUUGUAUAUAUUUAAAAUUUUUAAACCUCCCAAGAUUGGUGAUUCUUGAAUUGCUAGAAAUUCCUCAUGUUGAAGCUUUCCAUGGAGUGUCAUAUAUUGGUGACUAAAGACUUGUUGUACAUAUUUUACUAGAAAAUAUUUCAACAUUGUUCUUCCUUCCCUA